AUGAGAGGAACAGCCUUCGUCUUGCUCUUGGUUCUGGCACUUACAACCAACUUUCAUGUAGAAUGUGCCAAAAACAGAGGUCAAGAGGUUGAUUGCAGUGGAUUUAAAAAGUUACCACCAGGAGAAGAGAGAAUGUGUUAUCAACUAUAUGCCCCAAUUUGUGGAUCUGAUGGCCAAACUUAUAGCAAUGAUUGUGUCUUUUGUUCUGAAGUUGUGAAAACUGACCACAAACUUAAAUUUGUACAUUUUGGAGAGUGUUGA